UACAACUUCCAUUUAAGACUGAGCAUCUUCCUCCUCUUCGCAGCCUGUGUGCGGCACUCGUGAGCCAGCCAAACCUGUUCGGACCCGCUGGAUUUCUUUUUUGACUUUUUAAUUUUUGUUUUAAUGUUAUAAUAUCAUCAUUAUCAUCAUCGUUGUCAUCAUCAUCUUGCCCAGUUCACCGUUUCAUUCUCUGAAUUGGCAGUUGCGGUCCAGUGUGCCUGAGUGAAGAUGUACCUGGAGAAUAAGAGUAAUAUUGAGGUGGAGAUGUCUCAAACCGGAGGCCAGGGUCACUCCAGCAGGGUAGGCUGCAGAAAGUCUGACACUGUGGCUGGGAACUUUGAUGAGCUUCGUCUGCUGGAGGGAUUCUCUGGGAAGAGAGAGACACAGAAAUUACUGCAGGCUGCAGCCGUGCCCUCGGGACACUGCAUAAUCUACACUGACGUCCAUCAAGAUGAUAGGCACAGCUUCAGCAUGGUAAACCUCCUCAAAGGCAAAUCCAACCAAGCCAAUCACACAGAACGGUCACCCCUUCUCAAGUUCCCCCAAAAUGACAGUAUAACCUACAUGACACUGCAUGAGCCCAGCCUGGGGUCUGGAGAGGAAUCAUGGGAGGCCAGCUCUGCUGAAUUGGAGAGGAGGUGCAGGCUGGGCAGUGAGGUGACCAGUCUCUCCCACAUCACAUCUAUAGAGAAAUGUGAACAUUACUUCAAACUGUCAUCCCCCAUCAGGCAUUGCUUAAGGACAACAAAAGUCAUCACCAUCUUCAUCAUUGUUGUUCUGUGUUCACUGUUUUUCAGCAUGUAUCCUGACAGGGAAAGCCCCUGGAGGAUGCUGGCAGUCUCAUCCACCGAGAGCUUCUCUAUGAAUCUUACUGAUUUUCGUGACAACUCCCUACUGAAGCUGCAGGUUGGUGGGCCGUUUUUGGGGGGGAUGGAGGCGGUACAAGAGGCCCAGGAGUAUAUUCUGAUCCAGGUGGAGCAGACUGAAGAGGCGGGGUCUCGCCGGAGAAGAACUCAGCAGCUGCUUUAUAACUGGACUAUACCAUUGCAUUCCCAACGAAGUGACCAAAUUCUGAGAACAAGGACAUUUGAAAUGGUUAGCAGCGCUCCUAUUCUGAUCAGUGUGCAGGCCUUUCUGUUCGACAGUCAGGUGGUUCCUCUGUCCAUGACUCACCAGUCACUCUAUGUAACCGUGGAAACACAGGUGCUUAUCGCCGGAUUGAUCCUGGCAGGAGUCUAUGUGCUCAUCAUCUUUGAGAUUGUUCACCGCACUCUGGCUGCAAUGUUAGGAUCCCUGGCUGCUCUGGCAGCACUGGCUUUCAUUGGAGAUAGGCCGAGUCUGAUGACUGUUGUAGAAUGGAUUGACUAUGAAACUCUUGCAUUGCUGUUUGGAAUGAUGAUUCUGGUGGCAAUAUUCUCUGAGACCGGUUUCUUUGAUUACUGUGCAGUGAAGGCGUAUCAGUUAUCGCGAGGAAGAGUGUGGCCCAUGAUUAUGAUUCUGUGCCUAAUUGCGGCCGUUCUGUCAGCCUUUCUUGAUAAUGUAACAACCAUGAUGCUCGUCACCCCUGUUACAAUCAGGUUAUGUGAAGUGCUCAAUCUGGACCCCAGGCAUGUCCUGGUUGCCGAGGUCAUCUUCACCAACAUCGGAGGAGCUGCCACUGCUGUUGGAGAUCCACCCAAUGUCAUCAUCGUAUCCAACCAGGAUCUGCGUAAAAAAGGGAUUGACUUUGCGGCCUUUACGGGUUACAUGUUCCUGGGAAUCUGUCUGGUGCUGCUGACCUCAUUUCCUUUUUUGAGAAUGCUGUACUGGAAUAAGAAACUUUACAACAAAGAAUCCAGCGAAAUCGUGGAUCUUAAAGAAUGUGCAAUCAUUUCUAAAAACCAUAGAGUGGUUGAGGGCACACUUGACCUUCCCUUGUUGACAGCAGUUCUUCCUAUAUGGGGGAUUGACUUUGCGGCCUUUACGGGUUACAUGUUCCUGGGAAUCUGUCUGGUGCUGCUGACCUCAUUUCCUUUUUUGAGAAUGCUGUACUGGAAUAAGAAACUUUACAACAAAGAAUCCAGCGAAAUCGUGGAUCUUAAAGAAUGUGCAAUCAUUUCUAAAAACCAUAGAGUGGUUGAGGGCACACUUGACCUUCCCUUGUUGACAGCAGUUCUUCCUAUAUGGGGCACAUUUAGCCCAAGUGUGAAGGUGCUAACACCGCUAGAAAGGCCAUUAAAGCCAUCGCAAAUAUCACAGGAAGACAAAAACUGGGAACACAAUAUUCAAGAGCUGCAGAAAAAGCACAGAAUAACUGACAAAAUCCUCCUGGUCAAGUGUCUGACUGUCCUUGGGGUGGUCAUCUUUAUGUUCUUCCUGAACUCCUUUGUCCCUGCCAUACAUCUGGAUCUGGGUUGGAUUGCUAUCUUGGGGGCUCUGUGGUUACUGGUGCUGGCUGACAUUCAGGACUUCGAGAUCAUACUUCACAGAGUGGAAUGGGCCACCCUGUUGUUCUUCGCUGCUCUGUUUGUGCUUAUGGAGGCCCUAGCACAGCUGCAGCUCAUCGACUACAUCGGGGAGCAGACAGCAGUGUUGAUAAAAGCAGUGCCAGAGGACGAGCGGUUGGCCAUCGCCAUCAUUUUGGUCAUGUGGGUCUCAGCACUGGCCUCCUCUCUUAUAGACAACAUUCCCUUCACUGCCACUAUGAUUCCUGUGCUUAUAAACCUCAGUCAAGAUGCUGAUGUCAGCCUACCAGUCAAGCCUCUCAUUUUUUCAUUGGCUAUGGGAGCUUGCCUUGGAGGAAAUGGAACACUGAUUGGAGCAUCUGCAAAUGUGGUGUGUGCUGGGAUUGCUGAACAGCAUGGCUAUGGAUUUUCCUUCAUGGAGUUCUUCAGGGCACACUUUUCACCAGCAGCCCCUGCAAUCUGCUGCUUCCGGUCAUGUUCUCCCUUCUCUUCACAUUAUAAAAUACACCAUUUAAAGCUGGAGCAAUAUUGCAAUCAAAAAGAGAACAUCAUAUCCAGCAGUUACAAUCAAAAUGCCACUCAACUCGAGCUUGUUUAA